CGCCGCCGCCGCCCGCCCGGACCGCCCGGACCGCCGCGGGGCGACGGGCCCGAGACGGCGCCCCGCGCCCCGGAUUCGCCUCGGCUCGGCCGCGCGUAUAUUUCCCUUCCUCCAUGAUCUCCAACACUGAUAGAGUGGAAGAAACUGAGGUACCAUGAAAAAGAAAAGUAACUGGGACUGAGAAAAGGAAAGAGUGCCCCUCCCCCCAACCCCAGGUUCCAGCAGAACUCACGUCUCUGGUGUCUGGAUCAAACCAGUGACUGAUGUCCUGGCCCGCAACUUCCACGAUGGGUUUCAGCAGCAGGUCUCCUGGGAAGGAGAAGCUGCCGUCAAUGCUACCCAUCCAAGAACCAAGCACCCCCCAAACACACCCUCGACGCUGGCCCAAAGUGUGGCGCUUACCCUUGUAUUCCUGUGCCAACGGCGUUAGGUCGUACACGUUUCCCAGGUAAGACACCCAGAGGUCUUCGGGCUGGUUAUGUUGGGCCACCUCGGCCGGCGUGAAAUAGCGACGCUGAAAAUACUCAAAGUCUGGCCCGGCCACUAGGCCCCGGCGUGCCAUGGCUCUUGCUCUAUCGGUCACCGACUCCUUUAGUUGCUUCCUCGCUUUUCGGCACGCACUCUCUGUUUCAUCCUCCCUCUGGUCCGGGAGCUAAGGCGAGCGCGUUUAUCCGCUGACAUGGAAACCAUUGUCCCUUUCCGGCCACCGGCCACUGAGAUCAAACGCUGUAAAUGGGCGAGAGGAGCGUGGGCUGCGCGUGCUCACGGGAAACGUAGUCCGAUUCAGGCAUUCAAGUAAUUUGAGUUUUGUCCUCAGGAGUUCCGCGGGAAAGAGAACACACUCCGUUUUCAUUCACAGUACCCUAGGCUACAGGGAGUAUUCAGGACAUACUGUCUCGCGAGGCAGAAAAACAAGGGAGGGGAGGAGUGUGAUUAUGAAAAAAGGUAUUCUCGCUAAAUUCCAGGGUUCCUUAAAGGAUGUGUAAGAAACUAGAGUUGAAAAUUUCUCGCGAUAUCUUGGUACAUCCAACGUAAUAGGCCUCAGUGAGCCUCAGCGCCGAAAUAGAAGCUCGCGAUACUUCUGCAGUUGCCGGAGACGAAGAGGAGGAGGAGGAGGAGAGGUGAUCUCGCGAAAGAAAACAGGUCGGGAGCGCUCGCGAGAUCUCAGACCACCGGACACCAAAGGUUCUUAGGAAGUUGAAGGGCCUGGAGGAGGCCCGGGAACAAAUGGCCGCAGCUGGACCAGCCAUGCUGUUGCGAGAGGAGAAUGGCUGUUGCAGCCGGCGUCAAAGCAGCUCCAGCGCAGGGGUUAGCUCGGGUUCUGGGAUUGAGGGGCCGUCGGGGAGCAAGAUGGGGGGACGGAGGGGGAACUGCAGCUCCCGGCAGCCUCUGGGCUUCGUGUGAGCGCCCCGCGGGCUGUCGGGAGCUGUGGUUCCGCGGGCGGGCAGCAGCCGAGGCGGCGCGGUCUGAGCGCCUGUCCCGCCCCGCUCAGGACUCAGAUGGGGAGCGCGAGGACUCACCGGCUACGCGCGCUAGGCAGCAGCUGGAGGCGCUGCUCAACAAGACUAUGCGCAUUCGCAUGACAGAUGGACGGACACUGGUCGGUUGCUUCCUCUGCACCGACCGCGACUGCAAUGUUAUCCUGGGCUCGGCGCAGGAGUUCCUCAAGCCGUCGGAUUCCUUCUCUGCCGGGGAACCCCGUGUGCUGGGCCUGGCCAUGGUACCUGGACACCACAUCGUUUCUAUUGAGGUGCAGAGAGAGAGCCUGGCGGGGCCUCCCUACCUCUGAACACGAUCGCGCAUGCCUUUCGGACUUCAUUAAAUCUGUAACCGAC